AUGGUGUCGGUGCAUUUAGUUGGCGAGCUGUUGGGAGCCUCGGGUCUCUCCGGUCUUGACGAAGAGUUCUCUGUCUCUCAUGUGCUUGACAUGCUUUCGUUGCAUCCUUCGUCUGAGUUGAAUUACUUCUGCAAGUGGCGAGUCGUUGUUGAUGAUCAAUCAAAGUCAAGCGAUGAAGCUUGGAAAGUCGUUCAAGGAGAGACACGAGGUCAAACUCAAGUGCAUGCGGCCUCGAGUGGGGGAAGUCUUGCCAUGCCUGAUCUUUAUCGUCAGAACCGGGAUAAUAUUUUACUUCCGAAGAUUGGUACUGUGUGGGCACAUCCGAUCGAUCUGCACCUCGCUAUAGCGAACAUGGAAGCAUGGAAUUGCUGGCCACGACUCGAGUUCCAGGUAUGGAGCGUUGACGCCUUCCAUCUCGAGUCAUUAUGUGGAACGGCGAGUUUCUCGGUGCCUAUGGCCACAAACGAGUACGUGCUCGACGUGCCUCUGGUACUGUCCGAGCCUCAAACAAUACUGGGGUCUCUAGCACGAGCAGUGGGUCUACCGCUCCAAGAACAGGAAAACAAAGCUCGAAGUGCUCACUGUGACGAAGUUAUACGAAGCACUGGCACGCUGUAUUUGCGUCUUGCUGUACUAAGUCGUGGAUUGAAUACGACUACAAACUAA